CCCUCAUUUUGAAAACGCCUGCUCCUCCUACUUUUCCCUCCUCCGUCUCUGCACAAAUGAACUUCAUCCAACAGUAGAGUUCCAAGCUUUUUCGAUUAACGAUUAUUCACGACGACUCUAACAGCUUCUUGCUCCUGAAAACCCUCUUGCCCUGAUGCAAGAAUUUCUGGGUUCCGUUCGCCGAUCCUUGGUUUUCAGGAGCCCAGGCGGGGACGAUGGAGGGUUUGGCGUUGGCGGUCUGGUCGAUAAGAUUGGCUCCAGCAUUCGCAAAUCACGAAUUGGGCUCUUCUCCCAGCCACGCGUUAGGGCUCUGCCGCCGGUUCCCAGGGACAACACUCCUUCGAUCCGGUGGCGGAAGGGCGAGUUGAUUGGUUGUGGUGCCUUUGGCCGUGUCUACAUGGGUAUGAACCUUGAUUCCGGGGAGCUUAUUGCUGUCAAGCAGGUUUUAAUCGCGGCAAGGAGUGCUUCAAAAGAGAAAACACAGGCUCACAUUUCGGAGCUUGAAGAGGAAGUGAAGCUUCUCAAGAAUCUUAAACAUCCAAAUAUUGUUAGAUACUUGGGAACUGCUAGGGAGGAGGAUUCCUUGAAUAUUCUGCUGGAAUUUGUACCAGGAGGAUCUAUCUCAUCACUCCUGGGGAAAUUUGAAUCCUUCCCCGAGUCUGUAAUAAAAAUGUAUACAAAACAACUCUUACUGGGUCUUGAGUACCUUCACAAGAAUGGAAUUAUCCACAGAGAUAUUAAGGGAGCGAACAUUCUUGUUGAUAAUAAAGGAUGCAUUAAACUCGCAGACUUUGGUGCAUCUAAGAAAGUAGUCGAGCUGGCUACCAUGAAUGGUGCAAAAUCAAUGAAAGGUACUCCGUAUUGGAUGGCUCCUGAAGUUAUUCUGCAGACAGGGCAUAGCUUUUCUGCUGAUAUUUGGAGUGUUGGAUGCACCGUGAUAGAGAUGGCAACAGGGAAGCCUCCAUGGAGUGAACAGUUUCAGGAGGUUGCUGCUCUUUUUCAUAUUGGGACAACUAAAUCCCAUCCACCCAUACCUGACCAUCUCUCGGUUGAGGCAAAGGAUUUUUUGUUAAAAUGCUUGCAGAAGGAACCAGAUCUAAGGCCUUCUGCAUCAGAUCUGUUACAGCAUCCAUUUGUCACCUGCGAGUACCAAGAAUCUAAUCCCACAUUAUGCAGUUCAGCUGUGGAAUCUUGCAAGAAGAUGGUAACAUCUGGGACAGAUUCUAAAAUCUCGGGAAUAGGUCUCAAGGAUGUUUGUCAGAUGGAUAGCAUAAAACGCUCAUCCAUGUCUCCUGAGACUCUUUUAAAAUCAGAUUUCUAUCAUCCAACAAGCAAUUAUGAUGAUGACAUGUGUCAAAUAGAUGACAAAGAUGACCUUUUUGUUGAUGCGUCUAUGAAGUCUAAUUCUCACAUUCCAUCAGAUGAUAUAAAGAGUUUCAACCCUAUGUGUGAACCUAUGGAUGAAUGGCCAUGCAAUUUCGAUAGAAGUCCAGAUUUGGAGAGAAAGGGAACAAACUUGUCUCCUGAUCAGACAAUCAACAAUACAAUGAGAAGCACUGAAGCAUCUCAAAAGGCGGAGAACGAAUUUUUAUUUCCAAGUGAGCCUGUAGGAGCUGAUGACGAUGAAGAAGUCACUGAGUCAAAAAUUAGAGCUUUUCUAGAUGAAAAGGCUCUGGAACUGAAGAAACUCCAAUCUCCUCUUUACGAAGAAUUCUUUAGCAUAUCAAACGCCGCUGUUCCCUCCAUUCCGGUUUCAGUUGCACGCAAUGAAGUAGUUUCGGAAGUGUCAAAUUUAACACCAAAAAGCAGGUCACCUAGUCAGGCCAGCAGACGAUACUCAAUGGCCGAUGGUGCUAAUAUUGCAAGGCAUGGAAGUCAUAACAAAAAUCAAUCUAAAGUUAGUGGUGCAAGUGGUCGGCCUUUGCAGGAAAUCCACCCAUCUGAGCUUAACGAAUGGAAAGAGACACUUCAAUAUUCUAAGUUGGAAUCAUUUAGUGCUAGCCCAACUUUCUCGGAGAUACAAAGGAAAUGGAAGGAAGAACUUGUUGAAGAGCUUGAGAGGAAGCGAGAGAUGAUGCGUCUGUCAGGCUUAGGAGGGAAGAUUACAUCGCCAACUGAUCGCAAUUUUCGUAAACCGACAGAUAGAUCACGCUUUGCAUUUCCAAGCUAGUCCGUCUUUUUAUGUCUUUUCCUUUUCUCGAGAGGGGGCCUAUAAAGAAGGAAAAUUUGCAUUUCCUUUCGGAAUGAUCAUGUGUAUUAUUAUAAUUAUUGGUGCAAAAUGAAAGUGUGCCAAUACUCUUGACUUUGCAAUGUCACUAGAAAGACGUUGCAUCAUCAAAAUGCGUUGAUUUACCAAGAAAAUCUGAAAUUAGCAGUAUGUUCAUUUCUUCGGCUUACCAAUUUUUGCCUAUGUAAUACUGCGGGAUACGCAUAGAAAUUUAUUGAGUUAUGUAUAAAAUAUAUCAAUGUAAUAGAAAGAGUUGAAAUAAUGUACUAUGCUUCCAUAGUUUUGAUGUUU